AUGAUGGCACAACCAGUGCCUCAUCAUGCGACGGACAAGAAACGCGUCAAGGUCUACGAACUGCGCAACAAUGACUGGUUUGACCGAGGCACCGGCUUCUGUACCGCUGCGUUCAUGCAGACGGAGGAGGGCCAACCUCGAGACCCCAGAGUCGUUGUCGAAUCCGAAGACCACCCUGACCGACUUUUACUAGAGACCAAGAUCUGCAAGGAGGAUGGCUUCCAGAAGCAGCAAGAGACUCUGAUUGUCUGGACGGAACCUAGCAAUGGCAUCGAUAUGGCUCUGUCCUUCCAGGAGGCGGACGGCUGUGCUCUGAUCUGGAAAUUCGUGAACAGUGUGCAGCAGACUUUCCAGGGCGGAAUGGCUGGCGCUGACGCAGACGACAGCCUCUCUGACGAUCUCCCCAUGGACAUGCCCACCUCAUUCAGCCUUCCUUCUGCCGAGAUCGGGAAUCUCCCCGAGAUUGAAACCAGCAUGCGCAUAAUGAGUCAGACCGUCAAUGGACGAGAGGCGCUUUGCAAGUGCAUCAGCCAAGAUGGUUACAUCCGUAAACUGAUUCCUUUGGUUGAGAUGGCCGAAGAUCUCGAGAGCCUGCCCGACCUCCAUCGAUUGUGCAACAUCAUGAAGACUGUCAUCCUUCUCAACGACACUCAACUUAUCGAGCAUGUAGUAUCCGACGACUGCGUUCUCGGUGUUGUCGGCGCUCUCGAAUACGAUCCAGACUUCCCAAGUCACAAAGCGAAUCACCGUCACUGGCUUGACAACCAAGGAAGAUAUAAGGAGGUUGUCCCGAUCGAGGACGACAACAUUCGGAGGAAGAUUCAUCAAACCUACCGACUCCAAUACUUGAAGGACGUUGUCCUGGCACGGAUCUUGGACGACCCUACCUUCUCCGUUCUUAACUCUCUGAUCUUCUUCAACCAAGUGGACAUUGUCCAGCACUUGCAAGGAAACGGAGGGUUUCUCAACGAGCUCUUCAGCAUCUUCAAAGCCACUCAACCGGAUCAGAUGAGGAAGAAGGAGGCGGUUCUUUUCAUCCAACAAUGCUGCGCCAUUGCAAAGAACCUCCAGCCCCAAGCUCGUCAGACGCUUUACAAUCACUUCAUUAGCCACGGCCUGCUCCAGGUCAUUAACUUUGGUCUGCGUCAUCCCGACGUCAGUGUUCGUGUUGGCGCAACCGACGUACUGGUCUCCUUGAUAGACCAUGAUCCACACAUGAUCCGCGGCACCAUUUACCGACAGCUCCACGACGGCCAACCGCCCCUAACGGAUUCGCUCAUCGACUUGCUGUUGGUAGAAGUCGACCUUGGCGUCAAGUCACAAAUAUCGGACGCGCUCAAGGUCCUGCUCGACCAUGGGCCUCCAAUUCAGUCGCAGGAGGCUUUUGCAAAGGCCAACGGAGAGUUCCCUGGUCGGAGACCACAGGCAGCAGAGAGCCCUCAGCAUGAGUUGUUCCUCUCCCACUUUUACUCUACGUCGGCACAGCGGCUCUUCCGGCCACUGAUCGAUCUCCAGGGUCGGACGGACAUGACUUUCCCAGUGCAGCAAGCUUCAAUGUUCACGUAUCUCAUUGAGAUUCUGUGUUUUUUUAUCCGGCAGCAUGUGCAUCGCAGCAAGUUUUUCGUCCUUCAGCAGGAUCUUCUGCGACGAAUCGCUCAGCUCUUUGCUUGUCCGGAGAAGUAUCUGAGGCUUGUUGCCAUUCGUUUCUUCCGCAACUUGGCGGGCAUGCAGGACAACUUCUAUGACAAGCAUAUCAUGGAGCAUGGCAUCUUGGAGCCUCUCCUCGACAUGGUCUCCCGAUCCAUGCCUCGAGACAAUCUUCUGAGCUCGGCUUGCAUCGAAUUCUUUGUCUUCAUCACCCAACAGGAACACAGAAAGGAGAUGAACAAGUUUCUUGUUCAGAAUCACCGGGAGCGGCUGGUUGCACUGAGCUACAUGGAUACCUUCCGCAACAUCAUAGUGGUCUACGAUCAAACACAAGGGCACACCAUUGACUUCUACACCGAAUCGGAAGAGGACCAUGCGAGACGAAACGCCAAUCCCAACCAGAGGAUGAUGGAACACAUUUCCGUCGACCAAGCCGAGGAGGACUAUUUCAACACGUCAGAUGAUGAAGAUGGUCCUGAGAGCAGAGCCCUUGAUAAGGUGCAGCCGACAAAUGGCUCGGCCGCGUCAACGCCGACUUCGAAACCGCUAGUCGAUUAUCCAUCGGACGAAGAGGUUGACGAAAACGCAGACCCCGAGGUCUUGCCGACGUCCAGCGAGAAGCAUGAUGGGACGGACGGUGCCUCCGACACAAGUAGCGAAUCAUCUUCAGUGGCGCCUCCAGAACGACUCUCCGAAAAGAGGCGCCGCGAGGAGGAUGACGAUGAUGAGCUCGGCAAGUUGAUGCAGAACAAACGGAGAAACAGUAGUUCUGCAGGUUCCAACGCAUCAAUGACUUCUAGCAUGGUCAGGAGGAAGAAAACCUUCGCGGACAGGCCAAAUGCGGCAACGCCGAAGAAGAUUGCCAUCAGCAUAUCUCCAUCAGUGAAAACCGGUGGGGUGGCGAGGUCGGACGAUGAAUCCUAG